AUGUCUAUUUCACUGGGUGUGGGAUCUGACCCUCAAGUGCACAUUGAAGGGCUAGAGGAAGAUGGAAUUCGUGUGGUAUGCAAAGCCUCUGGGUGGUUUCCGAAGCCCCAGGUUCAGUGGAGAGACCCGAGUAGAAAAAAGUUCCAGGCUUUCUCUGAGGCCCAUGAUCAAGAUGCUGAGGGGCUGUUCAGUGUGGAGGCCUCGCUGGUGGUGAGAGACAGCUCUGUAAGGAACGUGACCUGCUCCGUCUUUAACCCCGUCCUCAACCAGGAGAAGGUGAAGGUGAUUUUCAUCCCAGAGCCCUUUUUCCCUCAGGCUUUUUCUCCUUGGAUGCCAGUUUUUGUGGUGAGCCUGACCAUGCUGAUGCUCCUCAGCUUAGGGGCUGGCUAUUUUCUCAAGAAAGAACAUUCAGCAAAGGUGCUGGUGUGGAAGGAUUGGAAGACUCUUCAGCAGGCUAUGGAGGAGGAUGAGAAGGAAUCAAAGUUAGCCAACAAGGAGGCAGAUGAAUUCCAGAGAGAGCUGGACUGGAGGAAGAGUUUGGAAUCUGACGGCUUUUUGCCUGUGAAUGACUCCAGCCAGGCAAAGCUUAGUUCCAUCUUGUGCCCAGGUUUAAGUGUUCAGAUGCCAAUUUUUCUUGAGUUCCUCAUGAACUCCGACUGCCAAAUUGCCAAAGUAAAAAGCAGUAUAUUUGAAAAGUCAGUUUUGGGCCAUGUUCUCUGGACAGUGCAAGAAGAACAGGAAAUCCUUAUCAAGGGCUUUAAUGACUGCAGGGUCACCUGGAAAUCUCAGACACAGCCUGUAAUCUUUCCUAAUUACAAUCAUUGCCUCCCUGCGUCUGCAGGUCAGGAAAACAUGAGGGUGACCAUGAAGGACAACCGUAGGGUCCUGAAAAACAGAUGCAGUGUGUUGGGUGCCAAGGGCAUCACGUCAGGGCGAUAUUACUGGGAAAUAGAAAUCAGCAACAGAUACUUAAGCGAGUGGGCUGUGGGGCUGGACCCUGUAAACAUUUCUUCUUUGCCAGUAGGCACAAAGCGGGACAUUGUCAAGAAAUUGGAGAUAACACUUCAACAUGCAGAGAAGUGA